AUAAAUCAAUGUACAUGAUUAUUGUAUUUUAUUUUUAAAAUAAUCUUAACUUUAUUAGAAUAUAAGUUGAUAAAUAUCUACUAAAUUGUAUUAGGUUCUAAUAUUGUUAAUAUAAUUCACAAUGAUUAAAGCCAUACUCGUUUUCAACAAUCAUGGGAAACCACGGUUAUCGAAAUUCUAUCAAUAUUUUAAUGAGGAUAUGCAGCAACAGAUAAUAAAAGAGACAUUCCAAUUGGUGUCCAAAAGAGAUGAUAACGUCUGUAAUUUUCUGGAAGGAGGCAGCCUUAUCGGUGGUUCAGAUUACAAAUUAAUCUACAGGCACUACGCUACACUCUACUUUGUGUUCUGUGUUGAUUCCUCUGAGAGUGAGCUUGGUAUUCUAGACUUAAUACAAGUGUUUGUUGAAACGUUAGACAAGUGUUUUGAGAAUGUAUGCGAACUGGAUCUGAUCUUCCAUGCGGACGCGGCGCACCAAGUGCUGGACGAGCUGGUGAUGGGCGGCAUGGUGCUGCAAACCAACAUGGCGGAUAUCUUAUGCCGUUUACAGGAGCAGAACAAGAUGCAGAAAGCAGAGUCUCCGUUGCAGGCUGGGAUAUCAGCUGCGCCGGCGCGCGCAGUCUCCGCUGUCAAGAGUAUGAACCUGCCGCAGCAGCUGAGAGACAUGAAGCUGCCUGAUCUCCCGCAGGCUAUCAGGGAUUUGAAGUUCUGACCGCUACAGCAAGGCGUGCAAUCAUCGCCCGCCGGCCUCGCCACCAACAUACUGAACACCAUCUACCCUCAUGAUAAAUACCACAAUCUUCAUCGUCAGGACUUUCCAAAUAAAUUCUUCGGAUCAGAAGCGUUGAGCACCAGAUUUUCUGAAUCAUUCUCCGAGAACUAUCAACAGACGGAAGGAAUUAAUUUCCCUAAUUAUGAAACCCAUAAAUCUGAAGGAUAUCAAGAUUUAAGUGGAACGGUAGAGAGUGAGUAUAGUGAGAGAAGGAGAAAGAAGAAGAAAAGACAAGGAAAGUGAUGAUAAAACUUA